GCCUGCCGCUCCCCCUGCUUGUGCUCUCUCUGUCAAAUAAAUAAAAUAAAAUCUUAAAAAUAAAUAAAAAUAAAAAUAAAAACGUGACAACGAAUCUACCCUUUCCAGAGAGAGCCCAGGCUAGUUCGCUGGUAAUUAUCUUCUGCCUUGAGGAGCACAGAAUGGUUCUAGAGAGGAGGCAGUGUUGAAGAGAGAACUUUCUGGAACCGUCCACCAUGUUCACCAGGAAAAGUGUCAAGCCUGAAAAUUCCCCAAGCUGAGAAUUUCUCCCUUCCGUCUCAGCUCUCCCUGGUAGAGAUGAUGCAUUCUCCAGACAUGGGGCCUGGACCUGGCCACCACCUUCCCACCACCCUUCACUCCAGGCUGAGGGAGGCUAGCCAAAACAUAGGGGCUCAUUCUGGGCCUGGAUGCAUCCAUCUGCCCACCCUCCAUCUCCGGUAGGCUGAAUAAUGGCCCUGCCUCCAAGGAUGUUCAUGUUCUAAUCCUCAAAGCCUGUGAAUAUUUCACCUUUUAUGACAAAAGGGACUUGGAAGAUAAGGUUACAUUAAGGAUCUUGACAUGGGGAGAUGAUCCUAGAUCAUCCCAGGGGGCCCAAUAUAAUCACAAGCGUAUGUAAUCACAACAUAAUCCUCGUAAGAGAAAGGAGAAUUAGAAAGAGAUGAAAGGAUGGAAGCAGAGGUCAGAGAGAAGAGAAGAUGCUAUCUGCUGCCUUCAAGAUGGAGGAAGGGGCCACGAAUCAAGGAAUGCAAGCAGCCUCUAGAAGCUGGAAAAGGCAAAGAAAUGGAUUCUCCCCUAGAGUCUCCAGGAGGAAUACAGACAGGUCAACACCUUGACUUUAAUUUAGCCCAAUGAAACUGAUUUGGGACUUCUGACCUCCAGAACUGUAAGAUAGUACAUUUGGGUUGUUUUAAGCCAAGAAGUUUGUGGUAAAUCAUCACAGCAGCAGCAGGAAGCGAGUACAUUGGCCCUGCUGCUGGGCAGCGUAGCCUGUUCUAGAAGAGGGACAUCUGUGACACCGAGGAUGGGGGAAUCAGAGAAGACUUUCUGGAAGCCCAAGCAGCCAGACUGACCCAGUUUCAUAUUACAGUUGUUUUAUUAUCUAUCUGACCUUGAGCAAAUGUUUAAGCAACAAUACAUUGUUAAUAAUGCAUUAUUUAUAGGGUUGCUAAGAAUUAAAUAAUGUUUUAAAUUACCUACUACUACCUAAUUACCCACUUAAAAAAAAUGAGUCACAUCUCCUUGUGGGUUUACACACAUUCAUUCUUCCAUUCAUUCAAUAGGUGUGACCGAGCACCCAGCAGUGCCUGGCCCCUUGCACACAGUGAGCUUGUCUGCUACAAGCCCUGAGCACUUCUCACCCAAGCUGCCACUGAGCCUCCAGUCCGCCCAGUGCUCAGCCUUACCAUCCCAUCCUAAAUGCGGGCCCUCACACUUGCCCACUCCCGUGGUCUCCUAUCUCCGUGAUGGUCCAUCAUGCUGUCAGCACCACCCUUUACCCUCCUAGACAUUGUUUCUGCAGCUGCCAUAUCUCAUCCCUGCCUUUACCCAUUUGUGCCUAUCAAACUGGGCUCUAUGUACUCCCUUGACCUGUGGAGUGUGGAGCUCCCCAACUUCACAGGACCCAUCUGGAUUUCCUCAUCUCAAAGCUCCCCACCCCCACCCCACUUCUAACCUCCUGGUCCGAAAUGCUGAGCUCUCUGCCUCCAUCAUAUCUGGGCCUACUGGCCCUCCCUGGAAAAAUAGUUGGUCCAGGAUAAUUUUUCUUGUAUCUGCAGUCCAGAUUCAUGAACGCUUUACCCAAUCCAGGUCCAAGGUUCUCUUCCCUCAGAGCCUAUAGCUCUUUCUCCAAACACUGAGCUGCCUCUCUAGGGUGGGAUUAAGAACCCAAAUGUUAAAUGGGAAAAAUUGCUUUCUGUCCUUUGGGCUUGAGUGGUGUUGACUGGGUGGGGCAGGGGAACAGAUAGGCUGGCCAAGUGAUGGCACUGUAGAUCUGGGUUCUCUAACCCGGGCAUUGCUGUGCAUCUACAAUGGGUGACACUGGGCAAAUCUCUGCCCUCUCUAGGCCUGUCUCUCUAGCCUGUCUGUGCACUAAGUGGCUGGUUCUGUAAGGCUGUACUUGAGCUUGGAGGUUCUAUGCAGCUAUUCCUGGCAAUGGUGCAUAAUGGCCACGAGAGGGCGUGCAACCCCUUCAGCUCAGAAGUUUGUAGCCUAAUCAAACAAGUAAGCUUCAAAAAGGGACACAAGGCUUCUAAGUGAAAAAGGUAGUUUACCCAAGAGCACACUACAAAAUGGCAACAGAGUUGGGGCUGGAAAAGGGUAUUUGUAUUCCCAGCCAGAGGGGAAAUCAGGACCCCCCAAGACCAGGAGAGGUGGUAUGGAGAGGGCUGGCAGGUAGCAAAGGAGAAGGGGCUAGGAAUAUACUUUAGAGAUUUCCAUCACUUUGAGGGGAUGGGAGAAGAGAGGGUCUUUAGGGGAGAGCCACAGGCUGAAUGUAUUGCCCCAAAAGGAUUGGAGUGGUGCUUGCAGAACAAAACCUGAGGAAUUUAGGGGAAGUGGAGGUGAACUUGGCUUCCUUCCCUUCCCCAGCAUAGAAUGAAAAGUAAAGACAUUGCAGGAGUUAUUCUAGGAUUUGGGGAAGACCGCUUCUUCACGUGAGAUGGCACAGCAACUAGGCAAGGAUCACCUGACAUCCUUUUCUCUCCUUUUUGCCUUCCAAUAAUUAGUUUCAGGCCCCAGGAAAGAUAAGGACCAAAAUAUGGACAGUUAGCUGGGGUUCAAAGGGUUCAUCUCCAAGCAUUCAUUCUCUGACAUCAGUUAUAGCCCCCCCACCUCUGACCUGUCCCCUCCUUGGGCCCCAGGUUGGCAGCUUCUGUGUAUUCUUUCUUUGCUGUAAAUCACUAGGGCCCUAGGACCCAGGCCCAGAGCUGGUCUCCCGCCCUCUCCUCAGGUCCCAGGAGUCCAGGGCUUGCUCUAAGGGAGGAAGGAAAGCAGGCUUCCUCUGGAUCUCUCCCCCUCCCAGGAUGUGGGCCCUAGGACCAAAGAGCCUCUGUCUUUCCCUGCCACACACCCUCACCACCACCCAUUGUAACCCAGACAAGGGGAUUUGUUGUAUCUCAGCCUCUGGCACACAUCCUUGUGACCAAAUGGAGGAAAGUCCGGGGCAGGAUGGGGGAAGGGAAAUCACAGGAUCCAAGAAGACACCUCCCCCCGCCCUUUGGAAAUUAUGAUACACCUCCAGCGCAACGGAGACUUCAAGCUUCUCCUCUCUCUGAUUUCCAUCGGCAAUGGGGAGAGAAAGGGGGUGGAUGGAGGACUCAUUGGCAUAUAAAAGGCCUGUGGAAGUGAAAACCGAGAAGGUGUGGAGACACAAAGGUUGGACGUCCUGGCAGACAGAUUUGGAGCCAGAAUACACGAAUGGGGGCAACCCCGGGACAGGGAAAGACAGGGGACCAAACAGGGCAGGCUGGACAAACUUUGGAGAGCCGUGGGUAGAGGCCCCUGCGUUUCCCUUCCUAAAAGCACAGAUGUAGGAGUGCUUGCAUCAGACAGGGAUGUGGGCACAGAGGAAGUGAGACCCUCUAGAAUAAAAUGAGAGCACCCCGUUUAAAAAGUAAGAAUCUUUCUGAAAAGAAGCACAAACCUCUGACAGUGAGAAGCUUUCCUACCAGAAGGGGGGGAGGGUAUGGUCCUGCUUGCAAGAAGUAACAGUAUGGAGAAUAAACGGUAUGGUCUUGCCUAGCAGCAAGGGCUGCUAUACUGACUAUACUGACCUACCACCCCCGAGAGACUGGUACAGAGGAAAGGCUAAGCCAUCCUGGCAGGAAAUGACAUCACUCACCAGACAGGAAGGGAUGGUUCUACCAACCCCAAAGGCUUCUGGGAGGACGACUCCAUGGAGCGUUGGCCCUGAAUGUCCAUGUCCCUCCACAGUUCUCCAUCUUGGCCAAGAAGGGGCAAGACUCCUAGAUGUUGGCCAGCGCACAGCCUCGAGGCCCUCAUUCAAGGCCAACAGCUGCUGCAGGAUCUUCACAUCGAUGGCUCGCAGAUUCCGGAAGGCAUGGGUUGGCCAGGACAGUGGUGACUUCCCAAUCCGGCAUGGACGACUGGAAGCCCAGCUCCCUCAUCAAGCCCUUUGGGGCUCGUAAGAAGCGGAGCUGGUAUCUUACCUGGAAGUAUAAACUCACCAACCAGCGGGCCCUGCGGAGAUUCUGUCAGACAGGGGCGGUGCUUUUCCUACUGGUGACCGUCAUUGUCAACAUCAAGUUGAUCCUGGACACACGGCGAGCAAUCAGCGAGGCCAAUGGAGACCCGGAGCCAGAUCAAGACUAUGAGGAGGCCCUGGGCCGAUUAGAGCCCUCACGGCGCAGAGGCAGUGGUCCCCGACGGGUUCUGGAUGUGGAGGUGUACUCAAGCCGCAGCAAAGUAUAUGUGGCAGUGGAUGGCACUACGGUGCUGGAGGACGAGGCUCGGGAGCAAGGCCGCGGCAUCCACGUCAUCGUUCUCAACCAGGCUACGGGCCAUGUGAUGGCAAAGCGUGUGUUUGACACAUACUCACCUCAUGAGGAUGAGGCCAUGGUGCUGUUCCUUAACAUGGUGGCACCUGGCCGAGUGCUCAUCUGCACUGUCAAGGACGAGGGCUCCUUCCACCUCAAGGACACAGCCAAGGCUCUGCUGAGGAGCCUGGGCAGCCAGGCUGGCCCUGCACUGGGCUGGAGGGACACUUGGGCCUUCGUGGGACGCAAAGGAGGUCCUGUCCUUGGGGAGAAACAUUCUAGGUCACCUGCCCUCUCCUCCUGGGGGGACCCAGUCCUGCUGAAGACAGAUGUGCCGCUGAGCUCAGCUGAAGAGGCGGAGUGCCACUGGGCAGACACCGAGCUGAACCGUCGCCGCCGGCGCUUCUGCAGCAAAGUGGAGGGCUAUGGGAGUGUGUGCAGCUGCAAGGACCCCACUCCCAUCGAGUUCAGCCCUGACCCACUCCCAGACAACAAGGUCCUCAACGUGCCUGUGGCUGUCAUUGCAGGGAACCGGCCCAAUUACUUGUACAGGAUGCUGCGCUCUCUACUCUCAGCCCAGGGGGUGUCUCCUCAGAUGAUAACAGUUUUCAUCGAUGGCUACUACGAGGAGCCAAUGGAUGUGGUGGCACUCUUUGGUCUGAGGGGCAUCCAGCACACUCCCAUCAGCAUCAAGAACGCCCGUGUAUCUCAGCACUACAAAGCCAGCCUCACUGCCACUUUCAACCUGUUUCCGGAAGCCAGGUUUGCCGUGGUUCUGGAAGAGGACCUGGACAUUGCUGUGGAUUUUUUCAGUUUCCUGAGCCAGUCCAUCCACCUGCUGGAGGAGGAUGACAGCCUGUAUUGUAUCUCUGCCUGGAAUGACCAGGGAUAUGAACACACGGCUGAGGACCCGGCACUGUUGUACCGUGUGGAGACCAUGCCUGGGCUGGGCUGGGUGCUCAGAAAGUCCUUGUACAAGGAGGAGCUUGAGCCCAAGUGGCCCACACCAGAAAAGCUCUGGGACUGGGACAUGUGGAUGCGGAUGCCCGAACAACGCCGGGGCCGAGAGUGCAUCAUCCCUGAUGUUUCCCGAUCCUACCACUUUGGCAUUGUUGGCCUCAACAUGAACGGCUACUUCCACGAGGCCUACUUCAAGAAGCACAAGUUCAACACGGUGCCAGGUGUCCAGCUCAGGAACGUGAACAGUCUGAAGAAGGAAGCUUAUGAAGUAGAAAUUCACAGGCUGCUCAGUGAGGCUGAGGUUCUGGACCACAGCAAGAACCCUUGUGAAGAUUCUUUCCUGCCAGAUACAGAGGGCCACACCUAUGUGGCCUUCAUCCGAAUGGAGAAAGAUGAUGACUUCACCACCUGGACCCAGCUUGCCAAGUGCCUCCAUAUCUGGGACCUGGAUGUGCGUGGCAACCACCGGGGCCUGUGGAGAUUGUUUCGAAAGAAGAAUCACUUCCUGGUGGUGGGCGUCCCAGCCUCCCCCUACUCGGUGAAGAAGCCACCAUCAAUCACCCCAAUUUUCCUGGAGCCACCCCCAAAGGAAGAGGGAGCCCCAGGAGCCGCAGAACAGACAUGAGACCUCCUCCAGGACCCUGCAGGGCUGGGUACUGUGUACCCCCAGGCAGGCUGGCCCUUCACCCCAUCCUGUAGGAUUUUGUAGACACUGGUAGGGUUUGGGGCUGGCUUGUUUUUAACAUGAGACUUAAUUACUAACUCAAAGGGGAGGCUUCCCCUGCUCCAACACCCCUGUACCUGAGUUGGAGGUCUAUUUAUUUACUUCCCUGUUGGGAAGGGGCAGGAUAGUACCUGGGAAUCUUUGGGAUCCCUGGGCAGCUGAUCCUGCCCUUUGCACACUCCCUCCUCCCAGGCCUGGCUCAGAAUCUAACCUAUUUAUUGACUGUCCUGAGGGCCUUGGGAAGAGGCUGAAGCCUGGAGGGCCUCGAUUCCUUUCUCGGCUGGGGUGCUGCCCUGAGGGUGGGGCUGGCUCUUACUCAGGAACCUGCUGUGCCCUGUGCCCAACCCAUGGACAGGCCCACUAGGGCCCUCCUGCUGAUGCAGACUCACUCAGAGACCCUCAGACACGGAACCAGGCCUCUUCUCAGCCUCCCCUUUGUCCAGGUUUCCAAAGCUGGAUAAGGUGGUCAUUGAUUAAAAAAGGAGAAAACCUCUGGGGAUGUGUUUUAUGAUUGUGGGGUGGGGGGAUGGUAUGAAUGAGAAAGAGAGAGAGAGAAAUAGAUAAGUAGGAGAGAGAAUGGUCGUGAUGGAUAGUGAGUUUUCUUUACUGUCCUCCACAGGGUUUAGCUUCCAUUUGGGGCCAUUUGGCCACCAGGGGAUGCCCAAGUCUCACACUCCAAGGUUUUUCUCUAAGCUCCACCUUAGGACAACUGAGCCUGACCUUAGCCCCACCCUACUUGGGGCUGAGGUUAGAGCAGCCACCCCCAACCCCUUCCCAACAGAGCUGUUAACCUGCCUAGCUUGUCUGGGCAGGUACCUGUCCCCAAAGGUGGAGCAAGAGAGCAAAAAGAGAUCCUUGGGGGUGGGGGAGGCGAUGGGAGAGUAGGUGAGUCUAGUAGGGAUAGAAAGGAAGUGGGUGAGACAGAACCGGGGCGGCAUUAUUCAGGAGGUUGGGACUGGGCUGCAGAUAGAAAGUUAUAGGAGCAAGGAUCUGUGGCCCUCAGGGUACUUUGUAUGCAGAUUACAUACCUAGGCAUUUUUCUGGAGAAAAGCCAUCAUUUUCAUCAGAUUUUUACCCAGCCAGUGACCCAAAGAGAGGAGGAAGAUCUAACUUAGAUAGUCAUAGAAGCAUCAGGAAAUGAAGGUGAUUGUCUGGAGGUAGUAGAUGAGAAAGCCUAAGGCAAGGGCAGGACAUUUAAGGGAUCUGCACAGGACUUAGGAUCAGGGAGGUGAGUGUAGAACACACCUCUUGAGAAGGGGUCAGCCUGCAGAGUCCUUCCAAGGUGAGCCUGGGGAGUUCCUUAUAGAGAGCCUUGGCCAGGGAGGCAGGAACUGACUAGAACUCCUGCCCUUUCACCAGCUAUAGCCCUCCCUCCCCUACCGGUGCCUGGAGCCCAGCUCCCCGAUGGCACAGGUGGCACAGGUGGUGCACUGCUUGGACCGUUUCUUGCCACCCUGACGCCUUCAGUGUUUGCUGGAGAUCGAGAUAGCGCUUGAGGCGCCACAACAGCCAGGUUGAGGGCAAGUGAGCCCAUGAGGAGGUGGAGGCCCGCCCUGGGCAAACAAAUCCCCUACAGCCUCUGUGUAGGCACCUGGUGUGCGAGAAAUGGUCAGGUGGCGAAGGGGGGAGAGGGACUAGUGGGGACUUGCUCUC